UCAAUCAUCUGGAAGUACUCGAGCGAGACUAUUGCACUAAAACCUACCCCAGGGUUAGACUCGCUUUGUGUAAAUAAACUCUUGGUUAAAUUACCGCCAAGGCCAUCGAGUGCGCCAUGGCCAAAACAACGCAAUUCGGUGCAAGGUGGGACCGUUAUCUCCAAAUUCAGUAGAACCAUGUCUAAAUCUCAAGUACCGAAAUCGAUCCACGUGUAUUUAUUUCCUCGAGUUCGAGAUAACGGGGGAAAUACAUAAAAGAAUAAUCUGCGCGCAAUUUUAGUAAAACCGCGAUGCCAGCCACGGAAGAGCAGAAAUUCGCCUUCGUGAGGUCGCUGAGUCAGUAUGACUCGAAGAAGUUUAAAACGUUGAUACCGCAGAUCAUUAGCACGAUGAUCGUGAUGUGUUUGAAUAUCAUGGUUGGGAUAACCUACGGGUACUCUGCGAUCUUUGUCCCGCAGGCGCUCGCGGAGAAGGACAGCCCAGCUGCUAUAGAGCUAUCGCAUGGGGAGAUCGCGUGGAUAGUGAGCUGCGUGGUUGCGAUCGCGCCGAUUGGCGCGAUGAGUGGAGGCUUUAUAAUGGACGCGAUCGGGCGGUUGAAUCUGUUGAAGAUUGUUGCGAUUCCGAGCGUUGUGGGGUGGCUUCUUCUUGCCAUGGCGAAGAAUGUUACGAUGCUGAUCUGUGGGAGACUCAUGACUGGAAUUGCGUUAGUGUGGCUCAUGAAUCCUGGCAACGUCUACCUUACGGAAAUCAGCCGGAAGGACGUCAGGGGAUCCUUUACCAGCGUCUGCUCGUUGGGCGCCUCCAUCGGUAUGCUCGUGGUGUACAUCGAAGGGUGGUACUUGACCUGGCGCAUGAUUGCAUGGAUCAAUAUCGGGUAUACCGUCGUUUUUACCCUUCUGCUUUUCUUGAUUCCCGAAAGUCCCGCCUGGCUAAUGUCGAAGGGGCGCGUAGAGCAGGCGAGGAAGUCGCUUGAGUGGUUCCACAAGGAUCAACCCCCACCAGAAAACAAGAACGUCACCUUUGCCCUACUGUCACUAACUACUCUGCACAAGGAACACUUGGCUAAGAAGCAGGAGCGCGAACAGCUCAGCAAAAACGGAGUGGUUCAGAAGCUGAAAAUGUUCGGCCAACCUUCAGGGUACAAACCCAUGCUGAUCACUUCCGGCCUGUACUUCUUCCAGCAAGCCUCCGGUAUUCACGUGAUCAUUUUUAAUAGCGUCAUCUUUUUUCAGGACAUCGGCACCAGUAUCGACCCCUACCUGGCAACCGUCUACAUCGGGUGCAUGCUUUUGAUUAUGACCAUCAUAAACACAGUGCUCAUGAAAAGGUUUAACAGACGCACCCUGAUGAUGACGAGUGCUACCUUUAUGGCCAUUUUUAUGGGGAUAUCGGGAUUGUACACGAAAUGGAUAAAGGAAGGCACGACGACUCAGAGUUGGAUACCGCUGGUGGCGUUGAUAAUCUACUUCAUCGCCGCCGCGAUCGGUUUCAUGACUAUACCGUUCAUGGUGCAGGCCGAAGUCUUCCCGUUGGCGAUUCGCGGGGUCGCCCACGCGAUCAUAUCGAGCGUGGCCAACCUCCUAGCCUUCGGCGCGAUUCAGUACUACUUCCCCAUGAGACAGUGGAUGGGACCCUCCAACUUGCAGUACUUUUACGGCAUCAUGUCACUAGCCGGACUGGUGUUCGUCUUCGCCUUCAUGCCAGAAACUCACAAUAAGAAGCUGUCGGAGAUCGAAAACUACUUUUGGAAGCACACGACGUAUCUUUCCGUUUCACAAAGUGAAGACCAAGCGAAACAGCCAGACCCACUCGACAUAGUUGAGUCAGUUAAAUGAGUUGAGGGGACUAGUUGCUAGUUUGAGAAUCUCACAAGACGGAAGAACUGAAAAAAAACAUUUUAAACAAUAAAAGAUAAAAGAAAUACA